AUGGCCGGGCGGGCGGCGCGGCUCGUGCUGCUGGCUGGGGCAGCCGCGCUAGCGAGCGGCUCCCAGGGGGACCGCGAGCCGGUGUACCGCGACUGCGUGCUCAGGUGCGAUGAGCGGAACUGCUCGGGGGGCGCACUGAAGCACUUCCGCUCCCGCCAGCCAAUCUACAUGAGUCUAGCAGGCUGGACCUGUCAGGACGACUGUAAGUAUGAGUGUAUGUGGGUCACUGUUGGCCUCUACCUCCAGGAGGGUCACAAAGUGCCUCAGUUCCAUGGCAAGUGGCCCUUUUUCCGGUUCCUGUUCUUCCAAGAGCCGGCUUCAGCCAUGGCCUCUUUCCUCAAUGGCCUGGCCAGCCUGGUGAUGCUCUGCCGCUACCGCACCUCCGUGCCAGUCUCCUCCCCAAUGUAUCACACCUGCGUGGCCUUCGCCUGGGUGUCCCUCAAUGCUUGGUUCUGGUCCACAGUCUUCCACACCAGGGACACUGACCUCACAGAGAAAAUGGACUACUUCUGUGCCUCCACCGUCAUCCUACACUCGAUCUAUUUGUGCUGUGUCAGGACUGUGGGGCUGCAGCGGCCGGCCGUGGCCAGCGCCUUCCGGGCCCUCCUGCUGCUGCUCCUGGCUGCACACAUCUCCUACCUGAGCCUCGUCCACUUCGAUUACGGCUACAACCUGGCAGCCAACGUGGCAAUUGGCCUGGUGAACUUGGUGUGGUGGCUGGCCUGGUGCCUGCGGAACCAGCGACGCCUGCCGCAUGUGCGCAAGUGUGUGGCAGUGGUCUUGCUGCUGCAGGGGCUGUCCCUGCUGGAGCUGCUCGACUUCCCGCCUUUCUUCUGGGUCCUGGAUGCCCACGCCAUCUGGCACAUCAGCACCAUCCCCGUCCACAUCCUCUUUUUCAGCUUUCUGGAAGACGACAGCCUGUACCUGCUGAAGGAAUCCGAGGCCAAGUUCAAGCUGGACUGAAGCCCCUGGGAGUGGGGCUGCCCCACUGGGGAUCCUGCCCCCUCCCGGCCGGUUCCCCUUCUCC